AUGGAUCUUUAUCGAGCCACCUUUGUCGGGUCACUUCUGCUCAACAGUGUCGCUUUGUUUCAAUCACAUCGCACACAGCAAGCAGAGAUCUCGAAGGCAUCUGACCCAGAUUCCUUCAAACACCGAGGUCGAUCAGAAACCGACAGAGAGAGCCUCAAGAAGCUGAAAUGGCGAUUCUUUCCAAUCUAUCUGCUAGUCAACGCUGCCGACUGGCUCCAGGGACCGUAUAUCUACCCUAUAUACAAAGAUGAAAAAGGACUUCCAGAAGAGACGGUCGCAUUCCUCUUCCUGAUCGGGUUUGUUUCAGCGGGCAUAUCGGCGUCCUUUGCAGGAACAUUCGCCGAUCGAUAUGGCCGUCGAACAGCAUGUCUUGCCUACUGCGCAAUAUACUCACUCUCAUCCGCUGCACUAUUUACUGAUAGAAUCUCAAUACUAUUCAUAGGGCGUGUGCUCGGGGGCAUUGCUGGCACGCUGCUGUGGAGCGUCUUCGAAAGUUGGCUGGUCGCCGAGUUCAAUCAACUCAUGCUGGAAGAUUCUGAACCUGACCUUAGUGGUAUCUUCAGUACAAUGACUACCUCCAAUACAUGCGUUGCAAUCGUCGCAGGCAUUGUGGCUGGGUGGCUGGUUGAUAGAGCUGGGACGGCAAAAGCACCUUUUUUUGCCUCCAUCGUUUGCUUGAUCUCAGCCUUCGUCGCCAUUUCAAGAUACUGGGGAGAGAACUAUGGAUCUAGCAAUCGCAGUGCCUCUGACCACACGGCACUCCUUCAGCAGGAAGAGGCUGAGCCAUCAAUCGCAGCACCUUCACCUCUGCGCAUGAUUCUACGCGAUCGCAAGAUUCUCAUUCUCGCAUUAACCUCGUGCUUCUUCGAAGGCUCCCUGUUCUUAUUCAUAUUUUUCAAAUUUCCAGCACUGAAGCUCAGUCAUAAACUAUCAGGCUCAACAGACGAACUUCCCUUCGGUCUCAUAUUCGCUAUCCUCAUGUGCUCCAUGAUGUUCGGCUCGCUGCUUUACAAUCGCCUCUCCACGUCCGCAACACCCGUGCCGGCACAAAGGAUACUCACCGGUGUGCUCGCCCUCGCAUCGUUAUGCUUCUUUAUUCCUGGCCAUUUCCGAGACGAGCGCAUUACGCUUUGGUGCUUCUGCAUCUUCGAGCUGUGCUGCGGGGUCUACUACCCGGUAAUGGCGUCCUUGAAGGGUAAGCUUAUCGAUGACGGCUCGAGAGCGAGCAUAUACGGAAUCCUACGGAUUCCGCUGAAUGUAUUUGUUGUGCUUGCCUUGAGCACUACUACAGAAGGCGAAGCGCAUCGCGAUACGGUCUUUACUACCUGUAGCGCACUUCUGGUUGUAGCUGCAAUCGUCGUUCAUAAGACUUUAGUAUAA